UCAGAACAGUGUUUUACCAGGUAUGCUGAAAUGUUUUUACUCCACGUUCUAAAAGGAGUCUUGCUUUCAUAUUGAGGACAGGAUUGAGGUGUGAUCUUUCAGUGUUCUUUAUGGGUGCUGGUGGGAGGGAUGUAGGGGUAUUUGGGGGACCCAAGUAUGGAUAGGAACCCAAGUAUGGAUAGGAACCCAAGUAUGGAUAGGAACCCAUAGACAUGCCACUGGUCAUGCAUUUUAUGGUAGAAUUUGUAUGGUGUGCUGUAGGCAUCAACCUACAAUCAUUUAAAUGUACACUAGGUGGUUUCUGUUCAUUUAACAAAAAUGACUGCUUUUAGACAAAUAAUUAUACAACUUCUUUAUCAUACUUUCAAUGUUUCCCAAUAUUACUGUGCCAUUUACAGAUUUUGUUUUGCUGUUUAUGUUCCUGGGCUCUCAAAGUGUCAAUAUGUACAGAAUAACUUGACUUAUCAUUUAUAUAUAAUAUAUGUAUUCAUUGUAGAUCUAGACGCAUUUCUACAGUUGCCAUUUGAGUUAAUUAGCACAACAUUAAUUGGCAUGUAUGGGUUUCUGUUAAUUUAAACUAUAUAUAUAUAUAUAUAUAUCCUACAAUUCGAUAUCAGUUUUUGGGUAUGCAGAUGGAAUAAUUUGGUAUCCCAUGUAAUUAUCUGGUAUACUGAUUAGCGCAACCGACUUAUUUAUUAGUAGUGUUUGUGUAGCUCUACUGCUGUCAUCGUUAUUUCACAAUGCUUCCUGAAACUGCUCUCCCGGAUGUACGUGUUCCUUGAUUGAGUAGGGUUGUUUGCAGCCUUCAUUAAAGACAACAGAUGGCAGCAUUGUCACAGGAGUGGGUGUUGCUUGCAUACGUCUCAGUAGGUGGUCACAAAAACCCUCCUUCAGUCAUACAAUCGAAGAUAAAGUACAUAUUAUGUGAACACCUGUGCAAUGUAUGGAUGUGUUUUCACUGAAGUUCUGCGCGUGUGCUGAAGUACCGUGAAUGGCCCCCUACUUCUAAUGCGUUGAAGUCCAAAGUGUUGUUGUAGUUUGACAUUAAGUGGAAAGUUACUAGUCACGUUGAUGUUUAUUGCCAAGAGAUUUAUGGCACAUUACCCUAUGGCCGGAGAGAUGUCCUCCCUUUCCCUCUGGGCCAAUGUCAUUCAGCAGGGAGUUGUUCUAAUUUGACCAUAGAUAUGUAAUCUGGUGUUAAGUAGGCGUAUUGCGUUUAUUAUCUUCAGUGUUUUCUCAAACAUCGAACAGUUCUGAAGCAGGUCUGACUAACAGUGGUUCGGGCAAAAAGGAAGUUUCUUCCUCCUCCACUCCCCGAAGAAAUGAGCUAAGGGAACGUCCCAGGGUCAAUCCGGUGCAUGCCUAAACGAGAUGUUGGGAAGACAUUCCGAGGACAACAUUGCUGCAGUAGCCUGCCCCUCCAUUCGUACAAAAUGUCAGUGCAUGAGAUGUAAGUGUCUUAUUUAAGGCAUGGAAACUGUAGAUUACUCAUAGGGUAUCCUGUAGCCCAUGCAAUUUAAACCAGAUUAAAUACUAUUCAAAACAACAACGAAACAUUCAUUUCCCCAAAAGAUACUGUUGCAAAGCCCAGGAGCAACGGAGCAACAUUUAGGCAGCCCAAUUACCCAAUUUAGUAGGCCUAACGCAUAUGUCGGGCGAGUGGGGGGUGGAAUCCUGCACAACAUAAAAUAUACAAGCCACACAGGACAUUGCCUACGUUGUCAAAUUUAUUUUACCGAACAAAAAUAUCGGACGUGCCGUUGCGUCGCAUCGCUACUCUGACUGGGAAGUUGUUGGUGUGUCGUAUUUCCCACACAUUGGGUCAAACUGUUUCCUUACGGAGCGUCCUCCCAGCCACACACACACACCCCUCCUCAGUUCAAAACGUCACAUGGCUGGGAGUGGAUGGUGCCUUUAAUGAAAUUACAUAUGGAAUAGCCGAAAGUGGGAAUCGAAGGUACUUCAACAAGAAUUAACCGGGUGCAAAAAUGCCACAGCAUAUUUUUCAGAAUCAUGACUCUGGACUCCAUAAUGGCGUGUUGCCUCACCGAGGAGGCAAAAGAAGCCAGGCGGAUCAACGACGAAAUCGAGAGGCAGCUCCGCCGGGACAAGAAAGACGCCCGUCGAGAGCUAAAGCUACUGCUGCUCGGGACUGGUGAGAGUGGGAAGAGCACCUUUAUCAAGCAAAUGAGGAUCAUCCACGGGUCGGGUUACACCGAGGAGGACAAGAAAGGCUUCACCAAGCUGGUGUAUCAGAACAUCUUCACAUCGGUGCAGUCCAUGAUUCGGGCCAUGGAAACCCUGCUGAUCCCCUACAAGUAUGAGCACAACAAGGGCAACGCUAAUGUUGUACGUGAAGUGGAUGUAGAGAAGGUCUCAUCGUUUGUAAACCCUUAUGUGGAUGCCGUUAGGAGUCUAUGGAAUGACCCAGGAAUCCAAGAGUGCUACGACCGAAGGAGGGAGUACCAGCUCUCCGACUCGACCAAAUAUUACCUGAAUGCUGUGGAUCGCAUUUCUGACCCGUAUUUCGUGCCCACCCAACAAGAUGUCCUCAGAGUCCGAGUACCCACCACAGGCAUCAUCGAGUAUCCAUUUGACCUUCAGAGUGUCAUCUUUAGGAUGGUGGACGUGGGUGGCCAGCGGUCGGAGAGACGGAAGUGGAUCCACUGCUUCGAGAACGUCACCUCCAUAAUGUUUUUGGUGGCGCUGAGUGAAUAUGACCAAGUCCUGGUCGAAUCCGACAACGAGAACCGCAUGGAGGAGAGCAAAGCGUUGUUUAGGACGAUAAUAACGUAUCCCUGGUUCCAGAACUCCUCAGUCAUACUGUUUCUGAAUAAGAAAGAUCUGUUGGAGGAGAAGAUAAUGUACUCUCAUCUGGUGGAUUACUUCCCAGAAUAUGAUGGGCCUCAGCGGGAUGCCCAGGCAGGGAGAGAGUUCAUCUUGAAGAUGUUUGUGGACCUGAACCCUGACAGCGACAAGAUCAUCUACUCACACUUCACCUGCGCCACUGACACCGAGAACAUCCGCUUCGUCUUCGCCGCCGUCAAAGACACCAUCCUGCAGCUCAACCUCAAAGAGUAUAACCUCGUCUAGACACCCCCCCCCCAUCCCUGAGAAGACAAACACGCAAAGUCUGUUAGUCUGUAUCCAAGGAAAGAACAUAAGCAGCUGGUCGCUGUAUGAGUUUGUUGGAUGGCUGCACACCCCCACCCAACCCCGCCCUACCCUCGUUGGCCAUAGCUAGACCAGACCACCCCCUGCUGGCGUCGGCACGUGCAACGUGAAGAUGUCCCACUUAUCUUGCGCUUUGUUGCAUCGUGGGUGUUGCCAAUUUGAAAAACAAGCUUUCUCUUGAAUAGGGACUGAGAUAUCAAUAAUUACGAAACUUGUCACUACUGCGCCCUUAUUUAUUUGCACCUUGGAGCUUGUUCACAGGGUUCAUCUUGAAUAUUGUUGAAUUAUUCUAAUUAUUAUUAUUGUUAUUAUUAUUAUUAUUAUUCCAUUUUAAAUCAGAAUCAGUUGUCAGUGAACGUUUACUGUACAAAACGUUUGGAGAGAGAUGCUUCUGAGGCGGUUUGCCAUGAUUCCCAUCCUUCAGAUUUGGGUUUUCUUCUCUGAGGAACCUGUGGUUUAUUCCAUAGUGAUUUCUCCUCCCUCAAAACAUUUUUUUACUCUCUGGCUGAAAUUUGAAGAAUGUACAUGUUCAAAACAAAAUGCAAAUUGGCUUGUGCUUUUUUUCUGGUCCCAAACGUACGAGCAUUCUCCUGGGGGACAAAUAGACUUUUUGUUUGUUUUUAACCUGUCUGUGUAGUUAAUUACUGCAAUUAUUAUGGCAUUCUGUCCCAGACCUAAAGCAGAUGAGAAUGAUCAGUUGCAUGCAGGAGGCAGGUCUUAGCACCGCAACCACUGGAUUGUCUCUCUCGCUUUUUUUUUAAAUGUUUGCCAUGGGAGUGAGUGUAUAUCGUAUGGUUGACUGCGGUAUUGUUAUGGUAUUGAGUUGAAUUUAACUAUGUGCCACAAUUUUGUUUUUGCUUUUUAUUGUUUUUAAAUAUGCUUGUCUUAUAUAUUGCCAAAUGCAUAAAGCACCUAACCCAACCAAACCCACCCCGCGGGCACGCCCACACCCAGCCCUUCAGCAGGUACUGUCACACUAAUGUGUUUAGAAUGUUCUAGAAUGAACGUUGCAAAGAAUAUCUGGCUCCAUUUAGAACUUAACGUUGUUGAUGAACACAUUCUUUCACUAGAAUGUCCACAACUCACCUGCCGAAGGGUCAAAGAUGUGCCAUGCCCACAAGACCCUAAACUUCAACUGCAUCUCAACAAAAUGUCUUCACAGCAGUAUAAGACUUCUGGCUUCUUUAUCACAUAACCCCACCCUUAAACCAGAGGUGUAUGCCUUUCAGUAUGUCCCCAUGUGAGUUAUGCUUACCACUAGGUUGGCUUGAAGCCUUAGAGGCAGAACUCCCAUAGUUUCCCCACAGUCUGCCACACCCAGUGCAGUGCUUCUGUUUUAACACAAUACUUUGAACCAUUCUGACUUUUGCCAAAUAAAUGUCCGGCCCUUAUGCCAGAUGGUCAUGCUUUUGUCAGCGUAGUAUUACAAACCAGAUGGGAGGGAUUUGUUGUCUUUAGGUUUUGUUUCUCUUGUUUUGAGUCAUGAUUUCACUCAGUAUACAAUCAACAUUAAUAGUGGAAGGAAAUGGUGCUUCUCAUUUUCUCAUUUAUCUUCUCUCGCUCUUUUUUGGUAAAAUGAUUUGUGAUGAGUGUUUGCCUCUAAGCCAAUGAAAAUGGGCGAUAACAGCCCACCCGUGUGUUCCUCCACACCCUUGUUUGCUAAGCUGAUCUGAGGUUGUGGAACCCCUGAAGCCUGCCACAGUGGAGCAAGCCGAUUGCCAUGCUGACUGUUUCGUGUUCAAUUUGAUUUGUCACAUUUGAGCAAGUUGAAUUAUUUAAAAAAAAAUAUAUAAAACGAAAAAUAUUCCUUGUAAAAGGGCUUUUUUUUCAAAAGUUGUUUUUGCUGGUAUAGUUACUGUAUGGUGUUUGCAUUAAGACUAUCUUAAAAUAUUAGUGGAAAUUGUAACACUCUAAAGGGCUUGUGGUACAUGUUUUGAGAUCCUACAUGACCAAUGACAAAACGAAGGAAAUGGCGGGGGGGGUGGGAGUGUUUCCCUUGCCUCCCCUAGUCUCACUAUUUGAGGCCUUAGCCAAAUUUGUGUUUUUUCUGAUUUGCUUCUGGAGAAGUGAUGUUGAACUGUGCUAGUUUCUGUGUUGUUGAAUCACGUGGGGUGAGACAUCGAAGGGUAGGGGGUGUGUUCUAAGAAAUUAAGCUAGUUUUUAUGAACAUUAGAAAGUGAGACCGUCCAGUCAACCCAUGGUACUAGUAUUUCACUGAAAGAGUUUUUUUUUUUUUUUUUUAAAUGUUGAUAUAUUGAAUAGGGUGAAACCCGACCUGAUGUGUGGAAGCUUACAGGCACAGUCUAAGCUUUCUGUUCACACUUCCUUGUAUGGUUUUAUCAAAGCAGUGCAUUGUGCAUGUAUGCAGUGAGCCAAGAUACUCAAAUUUCCACCGUACAUUCCCAACCCAGUUUGUCACUGUUUUUGCUCCUUUGUGAGGACCCAAGAAGCAGCAGUGUACAAUUGUUCAUCUUACUGUAACAUUGGCCUUUUUAAAAUGUUUACAGACCAGAUUAUUGAAUCUCAAACAAAUGAAGAUGGAAUGGCCUCAGUGGAAAUGCCACUUUUGAGUUCCAUAACACGAGUUUCACCUUUUUUCUGAAUGUAAAGAACAUUCCUGCCCUGUACAGUCGUCUCUUGCUGGUCAGCAAUCACAUUUGAUGUUUUCACCCCCCUUCUCUCUCCCUUUCUCACUGACUAUCUCACACACACCUCCCUCAUCACCCCCUUCUUUCGCUCCCAUACUCUGGACUACAGAAACGUCUGUGUUCGCUAAUUCUGAAGUCUUUUUUGUGUUGGGACUUGUGUACCUGUGAGAUACUGUGGGCCAGAUACGUCCACUGUGACCUCACUGGGGCCGUUGCUGUGGCUCCCCCUUUAUUGUGCAGUUGGUCGGUGUGGACGAAAUGGACUGCAACUUAACCCUUAACAUGUUGGCCAGAAUGCCCUUGGAUUGAGCUGUGGACUCAUGUAUUUGGUGGUCAAGCAGGAGGCUUGGCACAUGUGGAUUGCUCCUGGCCACAGCUGCAGUCCUCUCAGUACUUUCAAUGGCACAGAACAAUCUGCAGGGUUUUCAAAGAGUUAAAAAGUGUUAAAAAAAAGUUUUAAAAGUGAAUUUUGGAUGCUAAUUAUUUGCGCUACCAUUUCGUAUACAGAAGAAAUGGCACCCUAAAAUCUCUUAUUCGAAGCACGAGGCUUCCCAGUCGUAAUGUGCUGCUUUUCACUCUAAGAUGUCUUUGUAUUCCUUAGAUCUCUCUUUUUCUCAAAGCAUUGUCAUUAGAACUCUUCUAAAAUGCUUUCUAAUUAAAUGUUAUGGAAUAAAUUAUUCCAGUUUAUAAAACCCAA